CAUCUUGUUCGGUGUUUUAAUUCGUAUUGACAUGCGUGAACUUGGCGUCAGUAUUGCUUUUAAAGUUAUGCAAUUGAUAAUCUGUGUCGCCGCUCUAAUAUAUAAGAAAUUAACUGAUAAUAAGGCGCGAAUGAUAUUCUUACGUAAUCGAAAAACGUCCAACGAAUGGAAUUUAUUGCAGAAUGUUACUUGGUCUCAAGAGGGCAGUGACUUUAGCAUUUUCGCCUAUGCUGGCUACACAUACAUUAUAGCUGUCUGCUUGUUGGCAAGGUUAAUGAACCUCCACAAGAAAGCCUCAACAACUGAUAUACUGCUAAUGCGCUUUGGUGUGAUUAUAUUUCUAUUACAAGGAAUUUUGGUCUUUUACUCUGUGGAAUAUGUUCCCGAUGAGAUAAGAUUGAAUGCUUUAAUCCUGGGCAGCCUGUCAUUUCUGACGUGCGGUUUAUUUUUGCUUGAAGAUUGCCUAACCGAAAAGGAGACUAGUAUCGAACAUAAAUUUAUACAAACCGAUGUACAUUCGAAUAAACCAUUUAAGAAAAUUAUAUCCUCGAUACCAGUUGAAAGGAGAGAUGAUGACAAUAUAAUUCAUACAUAUGUUUAAACGAUUUCAAACUUCACUUACUAUUAUUUAAAUUGCUUUGCAUCCAUGUUUUAAUGAAUUCAAACAUUUUUGUCGUUUA